AUGAUAGAAGGUGGUUGUGGUGGUAGUCCAUACUCAGAAGGUGGUGCUCUCUAUGCCUUUAGUCUGAUUCACGCCAACCAUGGAGAGGGCAUCAAACAAUUCCUUCGUGAUAGCCUGCGCAGUACUACCGUUGAGGUCAUUCAACAUGGUGCAUGUUUGGGUCUUGGAUUAGCAUCCCUAGGAACUGCUGACGAGGAUAUUUAUGAAGAAAUAAAAAAUGUUCUCUACACUGAUAGUGUUGUUGCUGGCGAAGCUGUUGGAAUCAGUAUGGGCUUACUCAUGGUUGGACCAGGCGGUGAUAAGGCAAAUGAAAUCCUCACUUAUGCACAUGAGACACAACAUGAAAAAAUUAUAAGAGGGUUAGCGAUGGAAAUUUCCCUUACGGUUUACAGAAGAGAAGAAGAAGCUGGAACUUUAAUUGAGCAGAUGACUCGGGAUCAAGAUCCAAUUUUGCGUUAUGGUGGCAUGUAUGCACUGGCUUUGGAGGACAACCUUGAAGUUGUGUGGCUUUUCUGGAGAAGUAAAAACAUUGCAGUGCAACCUCUGAUCCAACCUUUACUUGCUGCCUUGCUUGCAAGAUCGCCUGAUUGCGAUGUCACAGGUAUAACGUGA